AUGACGGCCCCGCGCCCCUGGACACCCCCGCUCCUCCUCCGCAUCCGCUUCACGACCGCGAUCCCCGACCUCGACCUCGACAUCCCCUCCCCCUCGCAGACCACCGUCGCCGCCCUCAAGCACCUCAUCCGCGGCCGCCUCGCCCAGCCCGACUCCCAGCGCCGCCUGCGCUUCAUCCAUCAGGGCAAAAUCCUACCCGACGCCUCCGCCCUCAGCUCCGUCCUCCGGCCCCUUCCUCCGCCGCCGCCGGCCGCCUCGCAGCCGACGACCCCGUCUACGCCCGGCGCGGCCUUUGACGAUCCAAAGGGGAAAGGCAAGGCGAAGGCCAACGAAACCGCGCCUCCGCAGAGGGUUUACGUAAACUGCAGCAUCGGCGAUAGCCUCACGGACGACGAGCUCGCCACCGAGGCCGAAGCCGCCCUCCGCGCCCCUUCCGAGCGCGGCCCGUCAACCAACUCCUCCUUUACAGACGGCCCGCCACACGGCCAACAUGCGUCGUCAUACAACCUCCACCACCACGGCCAGCAGCAGCGCCCGACGCCGCGGGGCUUCGACAGGCUCCUCAACGCGGGUUUCACCGCCGCCGAGGUGAACCAGCUGCGCCUGCAGUUUCGCGAGAUCCGCUCGACACAGUACACCCCCGACACGAUGCCGAGCCCGGACACGAUGCGCUCGCUCGAGGACUCGUGGAUCGACUCCAACGCGGGCUCGGCCCUGCCCGGCGCGGCGGGGGCUGGCGGCGAAGGGGGCGAGGUUGCUGGCGGCGGCGACGACGCGUUCGGGGCCAUGAGCGGCAUCCUAGAUGUGCUGAUCGAGGGCCUCAUCGUCGGUUUCUUCUGGCCGCUGGGGUGCCUGGGCUGGCUGUCGCGGGAGGAGAAUAUGCUCUCAGGCCGGUGGCAGGACUUCAUCGGAUUUGGCGUGACCUUGAGCAUCAUCAUCGGCGUCAUCAGGGCCUUUUCGGGAGAUCGAUAG